GCGAGACCCAGCACCCUGUCCCCCCCAGACCUCCAGGACCGGGUCCUCAGCGAGCCCCUCAAGCACGCGGACUUCUUCAACGUCAAGGAGCUGUUUUCCGUGAGGAGCCUCUUUGAUGCCCGCGUGCACCUGGGACACAAAGCCGGCUGUCGGCACAGGUUCAUGGAGCCCUACAUCUUCGGGAGCCGCCUGGACCAGGACAUCAUCGACCUGGAGCAGACGGCCGCGCACCUGCAGCUGGCCUUGAACUUCACGGCCCACGUGGCCUACCGCAAGGGCAUCAUCCUGUUUGUGAGCCGCCAUCGGCAGUUCUCCCACCUCAUCGAGAACACGGCGCGGGACUGUGGCGAGUACGCCCACACCCGCUACUUCAAGGGCGGCCUGCUGACCAACGCGCCACUCCUGCUGGGCCCCGGCGUCCGCCUGCCCGACCUCAUCGUCUUCCUGCACACGCUCAACAACGUGUUCGAGCCCCACGUGGCCGUGCGGGACGCGGCCAAGAUGAACAUCCCCACGGUGGGCAUCGUGGACACCAACUGCAACCCCUGCCUGGUCACCUACCCCGUGCCCGGCAACGACGACUCGCCCUCGGCCGUGCAGCUCUUCUGCAGGCUCUUCCGGACCGUCAUCAGCCGGGCCAAGGAGAAGCGCCGGCAGGUCGAGGCCCUGUACCGGCUGCAGGGCCAGGAGGGGGCCGAGGGCCGGGGUCCCGCCCUCCCGGGAACACAGGCCUCGCUGGACGCGGGUCCUUCACUGUGACAGGUCCACCCUCCUCCUCAAUAAAAUCGGCAGCCGAGCCUG